AUGUCGCUGUGGACGAUAUUUCUAAUUCCAAAACAGCCACAGCAGGCUUCACAUUUACGUGAACAAAUUCUUCUUCGCACAGGCACCGCCGUCUACAUCAUGGCACUUCUCUGGCCAUAUGCGGUAGGCGCAGGCCGACAUACUUCAGAAGGUGGCCCCGAAGACGUUGCAUCUGCUGUUUUGGGGGAUACGGGAAAGAUUUUGGGUGCUAAAGGGAGCAAAGUCAUCACUGAAACCAAGUUUGAAUGGAGAGAAGAGCUGGAUAGAUCAUCUAAAGCUGGAGUCCCAGAUACAGAUGAUGAUAUUUUGGCUGCUACUGAGUUUGACUCUGUAGGAUUGCCAGACUUGAUCAUGACGAGGGGUCGAACUAGAGAGGGAAGAAGCGACUGGUGGAGAGAAAGGAAAUACAUUCACGGUACUUCAAAAUGCGGCGGAAACCAGCAACAGAACGGAGGUUACCCCUCAGCCACUGGAACUAGUGAGCGAAUCCUCAUUACGGUCGUUGAUACCGCAUUCAUGUCGCAUGAGCGUGCUAGGAGCAGGCUGGAGCUCGAAGGGAGCUACGAGAACCGCGACCGAGGACGGGAAGGACCUAGUAGUGGUUGGAACGACGAGAUGGUGACCCUUGAGGGGUUCCUAGGAGGUCCAGGGAGGUCCCUAAUGCGUAGGGAGGUUCGGGACGAGUGCGGGACCGGAUAUGCCAGGGAGGGUAGGUCCCUGGGGACUAGGUUGGAGGAUGGUCGUCCUCGAGUGUGGGAGGUGGUAACGGAGAAGCAAUACGUAGUUCGACAUCGAGGUCCCGAAGCUUACGAAGUAGCUAGGGAGCUCUGGGAGGUUUGGGGAAGAGUAGCUCACCAAGCGGGUAGGCGUUGGGGAGCUUUAGUAAUGUUCGAGGGAGCUCGGGGACUCACUCGGAAGGCUUAGACUUGAAGUAAAAGCGUAUAUUCGAUCGUACAGACGAUCAGAGAGACAAUAGACAGAAGUAGAGAGAAACAGAGGUAGAGAAACAGAGAGUAAAGAGAAAUCCGUAUGGUUAGCAGGUACAAAGGGACAGGGACUGGACCUAUGCAAAAGGGUGUGUGUUCAAAAUAUACCAAGCUGG